GUUUCUUUUGACCAUUCGAAUGCCCCACAAACCUCGAUUUGUAGUAGCGAUGUUGGCUCGAGCGGUGGCCGGCUUGCGCCUGACCGCGCGUCCCGUGGUGCGCGUGACCAGCGCAGCCUUCUCGACGAGCGCCAAGGGCGACGACAGCAAGAAGCCCGUCGAGGACGACGACGAGACCGACCCGGACACGUGGCUCGGCUUCAACGGCGACCUCGACGCGGCGACCGAGGAUGGUACCGCGACGUGGCUCCAGGCCGUCCGCACGGUCAUCGACCUCAAGGAAGAAGAGAAGCUCGAGGCGCGCCGCAAGCGCCAGGAAGCGCACGCUGCGCUCCAGAUCACGCGCGUUGUCGAGAUUGACGAGCUUGGCCGUGCGUACGGCACGGGCCGCCGCAAGACGAGCAAUGCGCGCGUGUGGAUCAAGCCCGCCGCCGAAGAGGGCAAGGGCACGGUCCGCGUCAACAAGAUGGACAUGGUCGACUACUUUACGCGCGACACGCACCGCCACGAGCUCCUCCUUCCGUUCCUCGAGAUCAAGCGCCUCGGUCAUUUUGACGUGAUGGCCAACGUCCGCGGCGGUGGCCUCAGCGGCCAGGCCGGCGCCGUGCGCCACGGCAUCAGUCGCGCGCUGGAAAAGUAUAACCCGGACUACCGCGUGCCGCUCAAGAAGGCUGGCUUCAUGACGCGUGACCCGAGAAUGGUCGAACGCAAGAAGCCCGGUCAGAAGAAGGCGCGCAAGCAAUUUCAGUGGGUUAAGAGAUAGAGUGUACACAGUAGGCCAUAUACAGACGCCGACGGGCUUUGCAAAGGUACCGCAGCGAUGCAGUGCGAUCGUAAUACACACGCCGUCUUCUGUGCUAUUCCACCG